UUUAUGUUACAGACUUCUUCACGCUCAGCGACUUUCACAUCAUUUUCAAUGCUUACAAUACAGUGUAACAGUAGCAGUUGAACGGAACAGUGUCAUAUAUAAAUGUCUUAAACGACGUAACGCAUUUAUACACAUGUCAUAACACAAUUUUUAUAAACAAAAUGUAUUAUUAUUACAGUUGAACGUUUUCACUUUUUUAGUUUUUUUUUUUUUUUUUAAAUUAUUCAAUUUGUAGAAUAGUUUUUAAUAUUUUUUUUUUUUUCUUUGAGGACAUUUUGUGAUAUAUGUGAUAUAAAUUUUAAAAAGUUUUGUUAUUGUUAUUAUUAAUAUUUACAAUGGAGGAAAAAAUGGGUGAUACGCAAAAGAAGUUGAAGUAUCCAAAGUCAGUGUUCUUCAUCAUCAGCAAUGAAUUCUGUGAAAGAUUCGCUUUUUAUGGAAUGCGAACGAUAUUGUCAAUGUACUUUUUUAAUAUAUUACUGUACACUAAAAAUACAUCGACAGUUAUUUUUCACGUUUUCACAAUGUUGGCAUAUUUAAUGCCAUUAUUUGGAGCAAUGUUGGCCGAUUCACUUCUUGGAAAGUUUAAAACUAUUUUUUAUAUCAGUAUUAUUUAUACUAUUGGACAAUUUUUAUUGUCAGCAAGCGCAACACCUUGGCUUGAUUUUGCACCACGAGAAUUUGGAAUACUUGGCCUUGUGUUAGUGGCAAUAGGAACAGGUGGGAUAAAACCAUGUGUAUCUGCUUUUGGAGGCGAUCAAUUUGUCCUACCUCAACAGGAAGCAUCUUUGAUAAAAUUUUUUUCACUUUUUUAUUUUGCUAUAAAUUCUGGUUCUUUGAUUUCAACUUUCAUCACUCCAAUCUUCAGAGAGGACAUUCCAUGUUUUGGUCAGAAAACCUGUUACUCACUCGCCUUUUUCGUACCAGCUGUUUUAAUGGCUCUAUCAUUAGUGAUUUUUGUUCUUGGCAAACCUCUCUAUAGAAUGAAAAAACCCGAAGGCAAUGUCGUGUUGAAUGUGUGUAAAUGCAUAGGGCACGCCCUUGGAAGAAAAUGGAAAUCAUCGAGUCAUCAUAGAAGAGAUCAUUGGUUGGAUUAUGCCGACGAUAAAUACACGAAAAAAAUGAUUGAAGAUGUAAAAUCGGCAUUAAAAGUUUUAAAACUUUUUUUGCCAUUACCCAUUUUUUGGGCACUUUUCGAUCAACAAGGAUCAAGAUGGACAUUUCAGGCUAACAAUAUGAAAGGUGAAAUUGGAAGUUUUGAAUUGAAACCUGAUCAAAUGCAAGUGGUUAAUCCACUUUUAAUUUUAAUCUUCAUUCCACUCUUCAAUAGUUAUUUAUAUCCAAUUUUUAAAAAAUUACACAUUUUCGACACGCCACUCAAAAAAUUAACUUUGGGUGGCAUAUUGGCAGCGUGUGCCUUUAUUCUGUCAGCGGUUGUGGAAUUUCAAGUCGAGAAAGGGUAUCCAGUUCAACCCACUGCCGGUAAAGCUCAAUUAAGAAUAUUCAAUACUUUGAAUUGUUCUAUACCAAUGACAGUACGAGACGAGAGUUUUGAACUCAAGGCACUUGAUUUUUGGGAACAUAAAGAUAUAUUGGCAAAUGAUUAUGCGAAUGUUACUUUUAAAGCUGAUUUUGCAUUUUGUCAUAAGGAAAAAUAUUCCAUUCCUUCUGGAGAAGUAAAAGGUGUUAUUCGAGCUGUUGAAAAUAAAGCAACAUCAUGGGUUAUCACAAAAAAUGGUUUAGAUUUUGCAUACAAUGAUUCAGUGACAAGAACUGAUAAAAGAGAUUUACGUAUUCGAGCAGUAAUAUGGUCUGAUUAUGAAAAAGGCAAAUUAAAAUUAAUUAAAAGUGAUGGAAUAAAUUUGACAUUUAAUAUUAGUGAAAAUUUUAAUGUCACUGAUUUAGAAAAUAUGUACAGUGGUGUAUAUGAUAUUUAUUGGAAUGAAAAAUUAGUGAAAGAAUCAGUAAAAUUAAAACGAGGCGGUGUUUAUACAAUAACUGGUUAUUUAACUGAAAAAGUGAAAGAAUUGAAUAUUUUAAAAGUAACACAGGAAAAUUCAAUUCAUAUGUUAUGGUUAAUACCACAAUAUGUUGUAAUGACAAUGGGAGAAGUUUUAUUUUCUGUGACUGGUUUAGAAUUUGCUUUUACACAAGCGCCAAUAAGUAUGAAAUCAUUAUUGCAAGCUGCAUGGUUAUUAACAGUGGCAUUUGGAAAUCUCGUUGUGAUAAUUAUUGCCGAAACAUCACUAAUGAAGCAGUCGUAUGAAUUUUUACUAUUUGCCGCUUUGAUGUUUUUGGAUAUGUUAAUUUUUGCUGUGAUGGCGAUGUAUUACAAAUAUGUUGUGAUAACUGAUGAAUCUGAAGGUAAUGGUAAUGGUAUUCCCAUGAAUGGAAAACAUGGAUCAAUCAACGCGACAUUUGUGGAGGACAAUGAACCAGUGAAGCGAUAGUGCAAACAUUUUUUUUUUUCAUUACACGAUUCAUCAUUUAAAAAAGGAAUUUUAAAAAUUCCUUAACAAUUUUACGCUUUUGUAAAUACUUAUUUUUUUUGUUUUUACAUUUUUUACUUUACUUUCCUUAAGAAUAAUAUAGGGAAAAAAAUAUAUAUAUAUAUUGUACUCGUUA